CCGAAGAGCACCUACAUGACUGUGGCCUCUCUGAUGGGUUUGGUGGUCUCCCUGGCCUCCUUCGUGAACGGCAUGGUCAUCCUGGUGUCCAUUAAGUACAAGAGACUUCGCUCACCCCUCAACUACAUCCUGGUGAACCUGGCCGUGGCCAACCUGAUGGUUACUUUCUUUGGCAGCACCAUCAGCUUCUCCAACAACCUGAACGGCUACUUCACCCUGGGGGAGACCGUGUGUCGGUUCGAAGGCUUCAUGGUGUCCCUGACAGGUAUUGUGGGACUGUGGUCGCUGGCCAUCCUGGCCUUCGAGCGGUACAUCGUCAUCUGCAAACCCAUGGGUGACUUCCGUUUCCAACAGCGACAUGCAGUCUGGGGCUGCCUCUUCACCUGGCUCUGGUCACUGGUCUGGACUGCCCCGCCUCUGUUUGGAUGGUGCAGUUAUGUUCCUGAGGGACUGCGGACAUCUUGCGGACCGAACUGGUACACGGGUGGGACCAACAACAACAGCUACGUGAUUGCCCUGUUCAUCACCUGCUUCGUGAUGCCCUUGAGCCUGAUCAUCUUCUCCUACACCAGCCUGCUGGUGGUCCUCCGAGCCAUCGCUCAGCAGCAGAAGGAGAGCCAGACGACACAGCGUGCCGAGCGAGAGGUGACCCGCAUGGUGAUUGCCAUGGUGAUGGCCUUCCUGAUCUGCUGGCUCCCUUACACAUGCUUUGCCAUGGUGGUUGCUGUUAACAAGGACAUCGUGAUCCAGCCCACUCUGGCCUCCAUGCCUUCGUAUUUCUCAAAGACCGCCACCAUCUACAACCCCAUCAUCUACGUCUUCAUGAACAAGCAGUUCCGGGACUGCCUGCUCACCACCCUGUGCUGCGGCCGCAACCCGUUUGCGGGCGAUGAAGAGAAGACCUCCAGCUCCACUGCAGGGAGUCGCACCGAGACCGUCACCCUCUCCGAGGUGGGUGGCAACAGAGUCUCCCCAACUUGAAACACAAAAGAGAUGCUGCUGCCAGGAUCCCUCCCCAUCAGCAAUCCCCUUAACGAUUAAAGAUUAGUUUUAUUUGUCACGUGUACAUCGAAACGUACAGUGAAAUGCAUCAUUUACGUCAAUGACCAACACAGUCUGAGGAUGUGCUGGGGGCAGUCCACAAGUGUCGCCGAUAUGGCAUGCCUACAACUUACCAACCUGUACAUCUUUGGAAAGUGGGUGGAAAUCAGAGCACCCAGAGGAAACCCACACAGUCAUGGGGAGAAAGUACAAACACCUCACAGGAGCUCUGCGGGAGGGUCUGGCGAGUGGGCCGAAUUUUAAUGAGUAUGGGGAAGAGGAAUGAAAGGGGGGCAGGGUUAUAUGGGGUUGGACAGGCGAGUGGCACGGUGAUGCAGUUAGUUAGAGCAGCCACCAAACAGCACCAGAGUCCCGGGCUCAAUCCUGACCUAGAGUACCGUCUGUGUGGAGUUUGCACGUUCUCCCUGUGGGUUCCCCUCAGGCUCUCCAGCCUCCUCCUACACCCCAACAAUGGUUAAAUGUUCAGUCUAAAUUGUCCAUAAUGUGUGGAAUCUGGGAGCAUUGGAUCGGAGAUGAUUGGAAUGUGGGGAGAAGAGAGAAUGGGAUUAAUGCAUUUGGGUGGUUGAUGGUCAGUACAGACUUGGUGGGCCGAAGGGCCUGUUUCUGUGACUCUGAGAAAGGGAGGGGGUGGUUACGAGAGAGAAAGAGGCACCUACAUGA